AUGUCUAAUAGUAGUUAAAGUUACACAUACAGCUCUAGUAGCGGUACUAGUUCUAAUAUAGCUGCAAUAGUAGUUCCAAUAGUCUUUGGAGUUGUUAUUAUAAUUUCUAUUGCUUGUUUUUGCUAUUAAAGAAGAAAAAGAUAGUAGGCAUAAUUAUUAAUUUAACAAAAGGCAGCUUUAAAUAACAACAAUCUAUAAAAUAACUAAUUUAAUAUGCAAAUGGCAAACUAAAACUAAUAACAAAUACCCUAAACGUACAUGAAUCAACCAGUAUAUUACAAUAAUUAAUCAUUUUUAAAUGCUGCAUAACCAAUUUAACCUGCUUAAUAUGGUUAGUUAUAGCAGCCAAAUAAUAUAUAAUAUUAUUAUCCAAAUUAACAAUAAGCAUUUGCUGUUAAUCAGCAGUAAAUGUUUAUGGCCCCUUAGCCUUAAUAAUAAAUUCCUGGUAUAUAUGAAGCAUAAUUAGGAAAUUAUUAUCCCCAUAAUCAACCUGUAAUGGGGGUGCCUUAAUAAAUUUAGAAUCCAAUGACUAAUAACAAUCAAACUACGUAUCUUUGA